AUGCUAGUCGGGAUGCAGAGCGGCGAAAUCUGCGCAUGGGACUUGGAUACGUUCCAACCUUGUGCGCGUCUCAUCGGGCACCGAAGCAGCGUCCUCUCGCUCAUCCUCGUCGAUGACUACUUGUUUAGCGCCUCGUCAGACAGCACCGUCCGCAUAUGGGACGCGGCCACUCUGAUGCCGCUUGCACUCGUGUUUCCAGCGAGCACCAACACUGGCGACAUUUUCUGCCUUGCGUGGGACCAUGAGAAGCACGUCCUGUACUUUGGUUGCCAGGACACGUCGAUCCAGUGGUUGCCCGUAACACGUGCUCGCCUUCAUGAGCCAACAGAGCCCUUGCCGACAUUGUCUUCCUUUGACAAGUUUUUUGACUCACGCCCGCGAACACAUCGCCAAGCUGCCCCUACCUCGAGUGCCACUGCUGCUACUGCUACCACUGCUGCUGCCACGGCCACACAGACGGUGCGGUCGGCGACGGCGACAGCGCUAGUCCAGCAUACUUCUGUAGAGUGGCUUGGUGGAAGCGCCGAUGGCAGCAGCGGCAGUAAAGGCGGUGAAAGUGCCGGCCAUAACAACAGCAGCAGCGCCGGCGACCAUGUCGAUACCGCUAAUGACACGGCAGUCAAUGAACCUGUCUCUGCUGUUCGUAUGGCUGUUCUUAGUGUGGAUGCAGCACAUGUCAUGCCCUCUGCGCACAACAGUUAUGUAUAUUGCUUGUCGUUUGCACAUGUGAAUGGGGAGACGAUGCUUGCGAGUGGCGCCGGGGAUGAGGCUGUGCGACUUUGGCGCCUUCACCCGCACACAGCAUCUCCGAUGUUAUUUCGCACACUCGUUCUUCCGCACCCGUCGGGUGAUGCCGUCCUGUCGCUUGCUGCAUGGAAAGGCACACUACUUGCUGGCAAACAGGGAGGCGCUAUCGAUGUAUGGGACAUGGAGAGCUAUACCCCGAUCCGCGUGCUGCGGGCUCAUACGAAGGAUGUCCUGUGCUUACAAGUUCUUGCCGAAGGCAAUGCGUAUGUAUUUUGGACUGGCGGGGCUGAUGGUCUCGUGUGCCGCUUUGACCGCUACUUCCGUUGCUGUGGCCGCCUCGCUGCGCAUGCCAAUGCGGUCCAGAGCCUCGCGUUGGAUCCAGGGCGCUCCAAGUCGUCGUACUCGUGGCUCUCGAGCACCCCGUUGCUGUUAACGGGUGCCUCUGAUGCUCGCGUCCGUCUGUGGCACUACCAAAGUGGAGCUACGUCUAUUCCACCGUCGAUGGGAUCGACGCUGCCAGGCAAUACGCUCCUGGAGCAUCUUUCUCAGUUUGUGCGAUACAAGUCUGUGUCGCGAGGACCGACAAUGCACGCUGUCGACGAGAACUUUGAAGACUCAAGGCAAGCGGCCCACUUCCUCCGAUCAACACUGAUGGAGCUAGGUGCUAGUGAUGUGCAGCUCCUGCCAAGUGGACCCGGCACCAAUCCCAUCGUGUUGGGUACCUUCCAUGCGCCGCAUCCACGCAAACGGUGCUUGUUUUAUGGGCACUAUGACUGUGUUCCUGCAGGCGAUGGCUGGGAUUCAGACCCCUGGGACCUUUGCGGACGCGAUGGCUAUUUGUAUGGCCGGGGCGUCAGCGACAACAAGGGCCCCAUUCUUGCCGUCGCUUAUGCUGCAAGUGAGCUCCUGUAUGAGCGCAAGCUCGACAUCGAUGUGGUUAUGCUCAUCGAGGGUGAGCAAGAGUCUGGCUCGAAGCCAUUGCAGGCUUGUCUGCAGAAGUACAAGCCUUUGCUUGGCCCCAUCGAUACCAUUCUGGUGUGUAACUCAUACUGGCUCGGCGAGCGGCAGCCAUGUCUCACGAUCGGUCUGCGCGGCGUGAUCCAGGCCAUCAUCCGCAUCAGCGGUCUACGUGCUGACCAACACUCGGGUGUCGAUGGAGGAGCUGAACGGGAGCCCAUGAUGGACAUGAUCAAACUCCUUGCAUCUCUCCUAGACGAUCAGGGCCGCGUCACACUCCCACACUUUUACGAUGACGUGCGUGCCAUCACGUCUGAUGAUCGUGCGCAUCUGACAGCUCUCGCGCAGGAAGCUUCUCGGAUUACGCAUGCAGAACGCCUCAUUGCUUUGUGGCGCAUGCCUUCUCUUACUGUGCACCAGGUUACAAAUAGCAGCACGGCUCACUCGACUGUGAUCCCCAAGGCCGUUGAGGCCUCCGUGAGUCUGCGUAUCGUGCCGGAUCAGAAUCUCCAAGCCAUUCAGACGCAGUUCCAUCGUACCAUUCACUCGCAUUUCCAGCACAUGCACACGCCGAACCGUGUAGAUGUUGAAGUGUUCCACUGUGCUGACUGGUGGCUUGGAUCCACUGUCGGUCCUGCUUGGGACGCCCUUGUUGCAGCUGUCGAGGCGGAAUGGGGCUCCCAAGUUCGCAUCAUCCGAGAAGGUGGUUCCAUCCCAGGCAUGGCCUUGCUUGAGAAGGAGCUUAAUGCAAAAGCUUUGCAUUUGCCCAUGGGUCAGGCCUCUGAUCAUGCGCAUCUGCCAAACGAGCGGAUUCGGCUUGUCAAUCUCGAAAAGGGCCAAGCUGUCGUGCGUCGGUUUUUUGUUGCUCUUGGCACCGUGUAG